CGUCAGAAGCGUGAGGUUAGUUUUAUUGUGUUGCGGCUGUCAUCUUAGCGCUUUGACCACAUCCUUACAUUGCAGAACCUGUUUCGGCUUGUGGGAAAUCUGCUGGUGAAACCCUGCGAUAUGACAGAUGAAACAGGCACUCGUCUUUUAAGUGUAUUCACCGCACUUCAUCCUCCAUCCCACGCCUGUCCAGGACUCGAGGGCACCAUCAUGUCUCGACCAGCUGCCCCCCCAAGCUACGCAGAGGCCACGGCCGGGGACAAGGAACUUGGGUACGGGGCCCCUCCCUAUACUGCCCAGCCGGCGCAUAUCCCACCCCCCUCCGUGCCCAUUCACCCCAGCUGGGCCUUCGUCCACCCCAGCCCCAGUCCCGGCUACACAAAUCCCUAUGCCUCUGACAUGUCCUCACCUUUCUCUGACCCAGGCACCAAUGGGAGCUGCGAUGGACUCAGCGGAGACGGGUGGGAGGAUAAAACCAUCCAGCGCAUGUUCAUCCGGAAGGUUUUCACCAUCUUGAUGAUCCAGCUGAUGGUGACUUUUGGAAUUGUGGCUCUGUUUACAUUCUGUGAGCCGGUCAGGCUGUUUGUGCAGUACAACCGGAUCCUGUACCUCGCCUCCUACAUCACAUUCAUGGGAUCAUACCUGGCGUUGGUGUGCAGUACAAGUGCCAGACGUCGCUAUCCCACCAACCUUAUUCUCCUGGGUAUUUUCACACUGGCCAUGUCAUACAUGGCAGGAAUGCUUGCGAGUUACCACAACACAAAAGUGGUGAUGCUGUGCAUUGGAAUUACUGCCAUGGUGUGCCUGGCUGUCACCCUUUUCUGCUUUCAAACCAAGUUUGACUUCACUUCCUGCCACGGCCUGAUGUUCUCUCUGAUGAUGGUGCUCCUGCUCACUGGACUACUGCUGGUGUUCACUGCCCCCUUCGGAUAUAUUCCAUGGUUACAGACCACCUACGCAGGACUUGGGGCACUUGUCUUUACACUGUUCCUUGCCUUCGAUGUUCAGCUGCUGAUGGGGAACCGCCGCUACUCCCUGAGCCCGGAGGAGCAUGUGUUUGGAGCUCUCUGUCUUUACAUGGACAUCGUCUACAUCUUCUUUUUCCUGUUGCAGCUUUUCGGGAGUCGAGAGUGAACCCCAAACCUUUCUUCUCUGCAUCCCACCAGCACCCAUGUGAAAAUCAGUCUUGGUUAAACACCAGCCCCCCGUCUCCCAUCACUCCUGUGCAUAGUCAAACCUGCCGCUCCUAAAGAGGUCUGAAACUCUGGAGCAAAGGGAUUCCUUUCAUGUCCCGUUUCGUCUUUUAUCUUAUUUUUUCUUAUCAUCUACUCGGAGCCUUCCACUAUAUCCUGUUACUGCAGAGUAAGGCAGUUUGGUCUUCAAGCACUAAGGGUCUCGAUUUUAAACCCAACCAAACCACUACUGCCUCACUCAUUGGGAGUAUCCAGGUAGAAUAUUAAGUAAACUAAAGGAGGGGGAGGGGAGAGGGGUGGGGGGCACAUUUCAUAAUUUACAUUCUGUAAUUUUUCAAAACAGGAACCAAACACAAUAUAAUUCAAGGUCUGUCUAUUUGUGUCCUCUAUGAUUCUUCAUUGUUGUUUCUGCUUGUAUGAUUACACUAUGUAACACAAUUUUUGUUCCUGGGUAGUAAGUAUUAUUUCCUAAUUGCUUAUGCCUCAAAAGUACAGAAAAUGGCUAUUAUUCCCCACAAACUUUGCUUUUGUGACCAGGACAGUGAUAUUUUGAAAUUUACCUAUUUCCAAUGAGAAAACAGGCGAAUUUGUGUCUUUUCGUUCACAUAAAGUCAGAAAAAAACAACAUAUGAAUCCAAAUUAACAUGUAUUUAUACUAAAGUAAUACAAAAAUGACUACAAAAGAUUUAGAAGUGAGUAGUUUUUCGAGAUUUACGAUUAUACUGUAAAUCACUUUCACGAAUCAGCCCCCAAAUGUAGUCUCCCAUCAUGUUCUCGUUAUACUGUCCUUGGUAGCGGCUUUCAAAGUCCAGUAUAUCCUGGUGGAAGCGCUCGCCUUGCUCCUCCGAGUAUGCUCCCAUGUUCUCCUUGAAUUUAUCAAGACGAGCAUCAAGGAUAUGGACUUUGUGCCAUAGUUCUUCACCAGAGUCUCAACCAGCUCCACAUAGUUUUCGGCCUU